AUGCGUUGUAUGCAGAUCGGAGGGGUCAGCGCUGGACCACCACCUGCUCUGCCACGUGUGCUGCCUGACAUACAUGCAGUUCAUCAGUGAACACGUCUUGCCAGGCUCACAUCUCAAAAGCCAUGCCCCGUGCUCUCCUGGCAUCACCUGACAAACACCUCUGCCCCCACCAGGCACCUGGGAAUCUCAGCCUCGACCGCUCACUUCAGCUUCUGCCAGAACCUGCUGGAGCACACGGUGUCGGCCGAAAACCUCAACUACCGGCUGCAGAGGAACCCGGGCAGCAGCCUCACCUGGCAUGAUGGGCGCAGCCAGCGGCCGGCCGGCGGGAGGACGGUCAAGCUCCUUCAGCAGCCAGGAACUGAAGGCUCACAGGGUCGUGCCUGCGACCACUACGGCCUCUACCACACCAGCCCGACGCUGGGCAGCCUCACCAAGCCGGUGGUGUUGUGGACCCAGCAGGACGUGUGCAAAUGGCUGAAGAAGCACUGCCCACACAACUAUCUCAUCUAUGUGGAGGCCUUCUCCCAUCACGCCAUCACAGGUCGUGCGCUGCUGCGGCUCAACGCCGAGAAGCUGCAGCGCAUGGGCAUCAUCCACGAGUCGCAGCGGCAGGAGGCCCUCCAGCAGGUCCUGCAGCUCCAGGUGCGGGAGGAGGUCCGUAACCUGCAGCUGCUCAGCCAAGCUUCAUUUGGAAACAUCUCCUAGCCGCACCAUCUGUUUGGCAGAUUGAACCUACACUGUGAACCGAGCACCUCUGGGAUGGACUGCGGAGCGCAGAUACGACAGCCUGAAUAGCAUGCUUGGAAGACAAGGAGACAGCUUCCCAACCGGUCCAGGGGCUGCUCUUUCUCUCUCUCUCUCUUUCUCUUUCUCUCUUUCUCUAUUUAUCACCCUUUUUCUGUGCAGAGAACAGAUGUUUUCUCCAGCAAACAGGACUGAGAAUAAGGCAAACACUUGGCAGGACGUAGGCACCGCUGCCCUGUCGCGGGGGAACGAACGACGGAGGCAGCAGCCAGAGACGCUUGGUUUGAGGGAUGGAGUGGCAGCGCCGUCCUUCAUGGCACGGGCAGGUGAUGCCCAAAGGGCCACCAGUCCCAGGGCAGCUGGUGGCAGGUCUGCGGACUUGACUCAUCUCAGUACCUCAGUGCUCACGUGGGAAGCGUUUGUCUCAAUGCCGACUGGGCCGUAUUGCAGUAUCCUAGGAGAUAACAUUAUCAGGAGCAAAUGAGAUGACCGGACAAGCCAGAGAAUGCGAAGGCAGAGCCAAGCCGCUGGGACCUGGCUCCACUUCGUGAAUGGAAAUGAGAGCAUCCCUUUGGCAGAGACCAGGCCAGGCCCGCCGCAGGCGGGGAGGUUGCUGCGCCUGCUAGGAUGCACGGCCAGGAUGUGCUCGCUGGGUUGCCUUUGUUCUGCUCUCAUUGGGGGGCAUGCAAGCCAGCCAGAACUGGGGGGUCAGGGCCACCUUCUGUGGGUGCUCCCCACUCCUAGGACCGCAGUGAUGCCAGCCGGGCUGAGCGGGAUCUUCAUCUCUGACAAGUGUGGAAAUGCAGCCUGGACAAACCCUUGGCCACUGCCCUAACAGCAAAGCCCAGGCCAUCUGCAUCUCCAGAGUUCGUGUUGCUCCACGGGUCCGUGUUGGUCUCUGGCGGGCGGCGGAGAUGGUAGCAGGCUCCAGGGUUGCAGACUGAGGGCUCCUUGGUGCAAUAUUCCUCCCCUGUCCCUCAGCUUCCCUGGGAAGUCCUGCACCAGGCUCUGUCUUUCUCUCACCUCCCGCUCUGCGCCACGUGCAUUCACUGUGCUCCUUCCCAAAUACUGAUUCCCCAGCCCCAUGCAAUCACCUGGACAUCACACCUGAGCUCCAGCCCAGGUGGAUCCUGGCACUCCUAAAGCCCGGCAAGCCAGGACGUGAUGGAUAGGAGCAGCCUUCUUCUCACCCUCACAUUGAGGCACCCUUUUUGCAAUCUGUCCUGGUAACACAGAGCUCCCCGACCAGCUGCCUGUGAUCCUCUGCCUUACAAACUGGCAGGCUGAUAGGAAACGGUGAAGCAUCAACCCUAGGAUUUGUGCCAGGGGGUAAGGGGUGUUCUUCGUUUGCCGAACCUUAGGCUUUCCACUCUUCUGUACCUUACAGUGACCGGGGCCAAUCUAUGCACCCAGAGAGCAGCCAGGGGUGUCAGCGACCCUACGGAGCCAGGACCCUGGCUUUUAUCACCCACAUUGGCUUUGCCACCUCAAAUUUCUCAGACCAAAAAAACAAGGAAAGAAACCCGUCUUACUGGCCUGUUGUCUUGACUAGAACCAGGCAAUCUAUUUGCAAUGACCAGUUCCUCCCA